ACUACCCGUCCCGCGGUGCUCCGCGCGCCAUGGAGGAGCGCGUGGCGGAGCGGCUUCGCGGCGCCCUGGGCCCGCUCGGCUUUGAGGUGCACGCCUUCAAGGUUGGAUGGUACAAUGCAGUUCUCCAGCCAGCCUUCCAUCUCUCCUACCCGGAUGACACACUGGCCUUUGUUGUCCUCAGCACGCCUUCAAUGUUUGACAAAGCCCUUAAGCCUUUUGUGAAUAAAGAACGGUUAAAAAUAAUCAGAGAUCCUGUGGAUCAGUGUGUGUCCCAUCAUUUAUCGAGUGUGAAGGAGAUAUUCCCUGACCAGAAAGUGGAUGUCAUUUUUGAUUACGAGAUACUGCCAAGCCGAAGGCCCAAGUUUCUGGCACAAACAGCUGCUCAUGUUGCUGGAGCUGCAUAUUACUACCAGAGGAAGGAUGUGAAGCUUGAUCCCUGGGGGGAGAAGAAGAUCUUUGGUGUAUGUAUCCAUCCCAAGUAUGGUGGUUGGUUUGCUAUCCGGGGUCUCCUGCUGUUCCCAGAUGUUCAGGUACCAUUCCUGGAACAGUCUGCUCCAGUUGACUGUGUGAGCACAGAGCAGAAAAGAACAGAGUUGCUGGAGUUGUUCAAUUUCCACUGGCAGGACGGCCGCUACAGGGAUAUCAUUGAAGUGAAGGAAAGGUACUCUGAGGAACAGAAAACCUACUUUUCCACUCCUCCAGCAGAAAGAUUCAGGCUGCUAGGGCUGACACGUUUCACAGAGUAACGUGGUUCCAUGAAGGUGCUGGGCACAGGUGAAGUGGAACUCACCAGCACCUUUCCCAUACUGCUGAGGAGGAAGAUGUGCUGAUAGGGACUGAAAAUCCAAGUGUUGUGUACAGCAUCUCAAUCCAAACUUCAGCUUUUCAGAUAUAGAAGGAGCACUGCAUCAUAGCACUUAUGGUCUGGAGGAAGGUGGAAGCAGUCAGUUCCCUUGCUGAUGCUGAUUUUUGAGAAUCCCAUUAAAAUACCCAUUUAUCUGCCUGGGCAAAGUUGAGACACCCUGGCAAUGGGAAAACUUGUGCUGCUUCUUGCAAAAGUUAUGUUUUUUCCUCAAGAAUGUCUUCUCCCAAUAUUUUUGUUUUAUUUUAUGUAAGAGUAAAAAAGUUAUUUAUUGCUAUUGCAUUCUGAAAUAUAUUUUUUUUUGUUUGCACUCAGGGCAGAUACUUUUCAGAUGUAUCCAGCAUUUCAUUGCCCUGUGUUUUAACUCUCUAGGGAAUACAUGUUCAGUCCUCAGAAGAACAUUUUCUGCAUCCCCUCACUUCUCAUGAAGCUUAUUUUAAACAAGAAAUCUUGUAACAUCUCCAUUCCUUAACCCCCAGAAGAAAAUUCUCCAGAGACUGUUUCAUUGGUUUGCAUGGUCCUGUGCAGGAAGUGGGAGUGAGCAAAAGACAGCAAACAGCAGCAGCCUCCUCCUUCAGGGUAGUUGUGGAAGGCAAAGGGUCAGAGUGAAGGUCACAGCUCAAGUCUGACACAUUUCCUAUUCACCCACAGUUAGCUUCUCAGAACGAGGUGGAAGCUUUAGGUCAAUAAGAAGCACUCACCCAUUACACAGAGCAGCCUGCUAAAAUCUUGGGGAAGAUGCUGCAUAAUGCCUGGCUUUUACACUAAGAUAAAUAACUGGAAAAGUCAAUUCUUGUUACCUUUUUCAAAGGUGGAUGAGAAUUUAAAGUACUUUCCAAUGCCGUGUCAGUAAUACCACAGCUGUAAUACUGUAGCUUCCUGUUGUACUUUCUAGAUGAAGGAGAUCAUGAAGUUGCAUACAUGUAAAAACCAUUACAUGAAGUGUUGUUGCACUCAGACACAAGCAGAGAAAAAAAACAGGGAAAAAUUCAGCCAAAAUUCACCUCACAUUGCUGGUCAAUACAUUUCCAGAGAAACUUUUGUUUGUUACUUUGUUUUAAGAUUACUGUUGUGUUAGAUUUGUUCAUAGGUCACAGUGGCAGGGGAAUGAGGAAUUAAUUUAUCUCAGAGCAGUUACACCUCAUUAAAAUAAUAGAGUACAUUUCAAGAAUGUUUGAUGGAGGUUCUGUUACUUUACUGCAGUGCAGUGCUGCAGAGUGCUGAGCACUUUUCUCCCUUUGGUACCGAUGUGGUUAUGCAGAACUGAGCCCUUUAGUUUGUGUUGUGGAUCUUCAGCCCUCUGUGAGACCCAGGCACUAAAGCUGCCCUCACAAUAAGUCAAUGCUUGAUGGACUUUUUUUGCAGUCUGUAUAGUGAAAUCAGCAAAAUCAAAACUCAGCAUAACUAGUCUGUUAUUCCUGUAAACAGAGCAGCAAGCGUGUGAUCACUGGCUUUGUUCAGUGUUCGUUGUUACAGAAACAUGUUUGUUACUUUCCAUGCAUUGUUCAGCAGACAGCUGACAAUAAUAACUGUUUUUAAGCUAAACAAAAUAAUUAAAUUCAUUUGUUUAAAUUCUGCUUGUUACAGAUUUACUUCUGGUUGAAAUGUUGGUUAACCUCCCAGAGGCUCCCAAGUCAACUGGAAUUUAACAGGGACUUGAGCUGAUGGUUCAUAGUAGUUGUGUAUAUAAAAUAUUGACUCUGUUAGAAGGACAAACGGUGAUGUUCUUACAGGGAUAAACAGUGAUUCUCUAAGAAGGAUAUAUAGAGAGUGGAAGUUGAUUUAGUUUUACAUAAUGGUUUAAAGUUUUUAAAAAAUUGGUUUUGGUUGAUUUCUUACAAAUAUUAAAUAUUUUGUCUUACUUCUCUCACUGAAAAGAUUACUGUAGUGAUUUCUUUGUAAUCUUUUUGUAAUUUAUUUCCCAUAUGUGGUAUUUUGGUUAAUAAAAUGUACAAAGGUGCAAUAAUCCUGAGAGUGGAGUGUUUUAAGCUAUGCAAUGAUUGACUUGUGGAGAGCUAAGGAUGUUAAAGUAAAAAUUGAUCACCAUGUAUUUAACCACACAAAUAAUACUGAACUACAUCAUUCAAGAGUCAGCAUCUGAAAAGAAAAACAGAGCAAUCUUAAGAUGCUGUUAAGGCCAGCUCACCUGGGAUACUGAAACACAUCAGGAAUGAAGCCUAAUUAAACAUUGAUCUUUACAAGGUUGUUUCAGUGAGUUCAGUGAGAUGAUUUAACAAGAAGCACAUGACAAAGCACCUUGAUUUUCUUCCUGUGCUCUGGCAGUAACAAAAGAUCAGAUCAGGGUGUCCAGCAAUAAUUCAGCUGAGGGGUUUUCCUCUCAGUAGCUAAAAAGCAAUACCUGUAAUUACUAGAAUUCAUUUAAAAACAUAUUAGUGAUAUUAUAUCAAGUAGGGGCAAAUCUGUGUUCUUGAUGCUUCAGGCAAUACAGUUAUGUCAGGCAGAACAGAGUACAAAUAUUUAACUCCAUACUCAAUCCUAUCAUAGUAGUUUUGGAGUGAAUUGUUUGUUCCUACUGCCUUUCAGCCAAGUCUCUGAGCAUCACAGCUGCAAUUGCUCUCCUUGCUGGUCUGUGCCUGAAGGCAGAGUCUGAGAACCCGUUUGACUUCUCAUCUCUUUGACAAGACCAGACCUGGUGAGGAACAGAUUAUUUUGGAUCCUGAGGCAGCACAAAGACAUUCUUAUCUGAGGCAGUUGUCAAACAAGUCAUUGCAAAUGUUUAGCCAGAUGAUUUAGCUACCACAUUUUACAUAAGUUUUCACUAAAUUCUCAUUUUUAAACAUAUAAGUUCCUUUCUUCUUCGCUAUAAGCAGCAGGGGGAGUAUUUAAGACCUGAGCAGUAAAGAAAAGUAAGAAGCUAUUGGACUUUGAAUUCAGAUUUCACAAGAUAUCCCAUACAUUUCAAAGUAAUCAAAUAUUUUGUCAUUUCUUCGUGAGCACAGCAUUAAUAAUUUACCUGCUCCAUCAGUGGAGGUUAGUAAUGAAGUCAGAAAUGAAGAAAAAAAAUGGUGAGAUUUUUAUUAAGAUUAAAUCUGUGACAGACAAUACUGAUUAAACACAAAGCACUGUCUAAUCUGGUGACAAGUAGACAUGAUGAUUAUUCCUCAGAAACAGGAAAACACUUCAGGGCCUGUUUUUACCUCCCCCAUCAGUUAAACCAAUUACUCUUAUCUCAGUAGUGCAAAAAUAAACUCUCUGGAUUGACUGAGCCACUAAGGACUGUGUUGCAGAGCUACUUCCUGAUGCUGUGUCUAAACGAUAGGCAGCAACCAGUCAGUUCCAGUGUGGCUAUGAGCACGCUGUUCAGUUCCAAGCAAAACAUGCAUUUAAAAAGUCUGCUUUCAGGUGCAGUGGUUCUAAAGUUGUUCUUGAAGAGGAAGUGGGUGUUGCUAUUUACUACAGCACAGAGCCAACCAUAGCUCUUCAACCUUAACCAUCACAUUCAUCUACCAAAAUGGACAAGUAUACUCUGGCUUCCCACCAUACCACAUAUCUCACCUUAGAUCAUCAAUAUGUUUGCUGCAGAAUGCAAAUAAAGUAUUUCCCCUUUAUGUCUUCAGGGAAGGAACACAUGGUUUUCUUCUCUCUGCACCUGUAUACAGUGAUAUAUGCAUGGAAGAACAGUGCUAUAAAGGAGAAAACAGGAGUACCUAUUUCUCUACAAUGACUGGCAGACAGUCAUGGGAAAUAUGGCGAGAACAAAAAAUGAGGUUUUGCUGGAGAUUGAAAAGUAUUUUAGUGGAACAUCUGAAAUCUCUCCAAUAAUACACCACAACCCUUAAAAUGUGACUUUCUAUCUUUAAAUAUUCUACCUUCCACCUUCAUGGAGAAUGCAUAUAAUGUCAACAAAGGGGAAUUAUAUCCACAAUAUAUUUCUCAUGAGAAUUUUGUUUAUAUUCAAGCACAGCUUGGCAAGCAAGCAAUUUCACUUUUAAUAACAGGUAUUGAGGGAGAAUCAGAUGUCUUACACCACCAAAGUUUCUGGAGGCCAUUUUUCUACUAUGCAAAAUAAAGGAUAGGUGGGCAAGUCCCUGCAGCUCAAUUAAAGCAGGAGGAGGCAUGGCUACGUGGGUUGAAAAAUCUUAAUAGAAUCUUAAAUACAUGCAGAAUCAUUAGUUUCUCUAUUAACACAUUAAAAAAAAAAAUCUAUUAUACUGCUUUAGAUUCUCAUUUCAUGCUGUCACCUUUUUUCUAGUACUACUCAGACUAAGAUUCCUGAAUUCCUCCAUUGCUUCAAUCAUCUCAGCAGGCUUUUUCCCUAGCUAGAAAUUGUAUUUGUUAAAAAAUGAAUUUUGAUCAGUUUUAUCUUUCCCUGACAUUAGUUGUAGAUAAAAGGCUUUUCUUUCUCUCAGAGGACGUUUCUGUCAGCACAGAUAUUUCAAGACUUCAUGUAGAUAUAUAGUCAAUGAAUACCUUCCACAGAAACAUCAUAAACCACAGUACACUCAUUCUGUGAUAUAAGUUUCAGCUAAAAGAGCCAAGUUUCAUGUUGAAGUCCAAAGCCAUCAUCACUAGGUGUGGUGGGAUGAGCUUACCUCAGCAGGAACUGCCAGCAAUGCAGCGCUGCCACCCAGCCGUGCAGCCACCCAGCUGUGUGCUGCAUGGGCUCAUCCAUUCACAGCACACACCGAGCACAGCUGUCUGCCCACCCCACCCUACUGCUUCACACAGCCCUUUGGCAGUUCUUAUUGUUCCCUUGCAAAGCUGAAUCACAAAGUUUCUGUUGCAAGUCCUCUGUAGCUUAAUCUGUCCAAGAUACUUCAGAACUUACACAGGCUGUCACCACUGAACGUCAGACUGAGAGUUUUGCAGAGUACAUUUUUCUUACAAUUAAUGCAAUAAAAUCCACUGCUCUUCUGAUGUAUAUUAAAGAGUAGAACUGCCAGAGUUAGUACACAUCCUUUUCUAACCAAAGUGCAUCAUUUCACAAUAGCUGUGGUACAUAACCUACCUGCUUAUGUUCUUAGAACUCUAUUGAUUUGUUGGAAAAGCCAAUAAAAAAUUCAAAGGUCCCACAGAAAGUCAGGAGUGCUUGUUAAGGGAUCUACUUUUAAGGUUUUCUAAAGGAGUGCUUUUCAAAAACAGAUGGGAACUCCUUUCAUCAAAGUGGCACUUCUCAUCUAUGUAAUGAAAAUGCUUAGUGAUACCAAAACAAACAUUCCAUUGUUAGUUUUGAAAUAACAUACACAAAACCUAGUGUCUCACAUGGCCGAGGGAUGAAUAGAAUCUUUAAUUGUAUCGAUUUAAUUGCACUAAUUCCCACAUUUAGCUGGUUAUUUGGCACAAACACAUACCAGUAUAAGCACAAGGCAAGCUCCUGUCCCACAGCUGUUCUGGGCUUUGAGCUCUUCUAUUGGCCACAGCUUGCUGCACUGGGGGAACGCACUCUGCAGCGCCUCAGCCCGCCCGCCACACGGUGGUGUUCAAAGGAAGCACCGCACGUCAGAGGAGCCGUUAGGCGAGCGAAGGCAGCAGGCGUUUAUCGGCACUUUCCACACCGCCCGCCCACCGAGGCUCCCCGCACCCGCAGCCACACAGCGACCCGACGGCGGGGAAAUGGCGGGCGGCGCCUCCCGGCAGGGCGGGAACAACGCCGCCUGAGGGAGGAGGGCAGCCCAGGAGCAGGGACUGCCCACGUCCUCUGGGCUCCAGAAGUCAUUUUAGUUAUACCAGAGAAAUUAAAAACAAAACACGUUCCAAUAGCCUGAAGCACAAGAGCCAUCCCAAGGACUGCUGUUACCAAUUCUCUUAUGCUUUAAAGUAAACAGAGCAAACAAUACAACUACAGUUUGACACUAGACUAGCUCUGACCUCCCCCAUUUCCCUUUCAUCAGCAGGGCAUAACUCCAUGUUCAGUAUUGCUUCAGUAGCUGUUCACUCAUCUUGAAGCUCAUCAAGCAUAUAAAUACAGCUUUAAACGCAAGUGUUUGCUUAGACCCUGCAACUAUUACUUCAACAACCUAUGGAUGUUAAGCUGCUCUGUUGUCUCCAUGAGAGGAGUCACAUGGGCUCUAAACACUAAGCAAAGUGAUGCAACUGAGAAUUACUUCCACACACCUUCUGGAAUUUGUCAUAGCUAAGCAAGACCAAAAGGAUUCACUUUCAGUAUUUCUCACUGUAAUUCUGCUCCCACCGCUCCAACCUCAUCAGUUCAGUACUCAAGGCAUCUGAUGACCAUUUCUGACUCUUUUAAAGUAGCCCUGGGCCUCAACUUUGCUACUGUUCACUUCAGCAGGAUAGAACUCCUAAUUGAGGAGUUAGAGACAAGGUCUUGGUAUUUGAGAGUUGGAUCUUUACAGGUACAUAAACAUCACAAGGCUCUAACUCACUUGCACUGCAAAGCAAUAGCUCCUGCUGAUCUGAACAUCAUUACAAGGCACCUGUAACCAUGAAGCCCCAUGGCCAACACAGCUGUAAUUUAGUUAAAGUUAAUGAAGGCUUAUGUGCAUGUUAUAAAACUCAUUUGCGGUACAAAGAUGAAAGGUGAGGCUGAGCCAAUCCAAGUAUCCAAGUUUAUAGUGUCACCCUUUUGAUCUUCUCCAGUACCUUGCAGUCAUAUGAUCAACUAGCACGCUCUCACUCCUCCCAGGACUCUCAACUCCAUGUUGUGUAACCAAAGAAUCCACAUCAUAUAUCCAAGGAAAUUUGUUUUCCAGGAAGCCCAGUACUCCUCUCCUCUAGUGUCUUCAAACUGGAUGUUAAGAUUCCCAGAGUUUUUGCCUAUGCAAUCAAAUUUGACCAAAAUAAAUGCAGAAAUAAAUUUACAUUGUACAUGAAGACUUGCCUGGCCUCUGUCAGCCACAACUGGGCUUCACACUCCGGGCACUGUAGUAUUUCUUAACCCUGACAGAUCCAGGUCAAACUGUGCUCCUCUACAUUCCAGAUUUUUCUUCUGCUGAGAACUUUCCUAUAGAAAUGUAGAACUGAGGUGUUAGUAUCUCCAUUGCAAUGGAGCUGCAGAAGGCUUCCAGGAAUUAAGCUGUCUGCAGGCAGUUCAACAGACUGAGUUGCGAGACCAUGAUCUUUUACUGCUAUUUAGAAGUUGUCUUACUGAACCAGAGCAUUACACCAUAACCCAUAUGCUACAAAGGAGUAUAGUUCCCUCUACAGAGAUCACCUUUGUGUAUCU